AUGGCGGAAGCAUACUGGUCAAGGAGCAUAAAUAGCUCCGAACUCUGGAAAGGGGAUGAUAGCUUCUUUAGGUCUCUGAAGGUUGAAGACGACGAGGAGGCGCUGAAAUGGGCUUCGCUCGAAGGGCACCCGACCUUGAACAGGAUGAGGAAGGGGAUCCUCAACAAUGGUCAAGAUGCCUCGGAGAUCAACAUCCAGAGUCUUGGGUUUCAAGAGAGAAAGAACUUGUUGGAGAGGUUGAUGAGAGUUGCCGAGGAAGACCACGAGAGCUUUCUUCUCAAGCUCAAGAAUCGAAUCGACAAAGUAGGAAUUGAAUUCCCGACAAUUGAGGUGAGGUACGAGAACUUGAGUAUUAGUGGUGAAGCUUAUGUAGGCAGCAGAGGUUUGCCUUCCUUCUUCAGCUCACUUGUCAAUACCGUGGAGCCGUUGACAAAUUAUCUCCACAUACUACCGAGAACGAAGAGACCUAUAACAAUCCUUAAUGAUAUUAGUGGAAUUAUCAAACCGCGAAGGUUGACAUUGCUUCUAGGUCCCCCAGCUUCAGGGAAGACCACAUUGUUGUUGGCGCUUGCUGGAAAGCUAAGUUCUGACCUUAAGGUUUUGGGAAAAGUAACUUACAAUGGCCAUGAAAUGGAUGAAUUUGUGCCACAGAGAACAGCAGCUUACAUAAGUCAGCAAGAUGUUCAUAUUGCAGAGAUGACAGUGAGAGAAACACUUUCUUUUUCUGCGAGGCUUCAAGGAAUCGGUUCACGGUAUGAGAUGUUAACUGAGCUAGCAAGAAGAGAGAAGGCAGCAAACAUCAAACCAGACCCUGACAUAGAUGCCUUCAUGAAGGCAGCUGCAAUGGAAGGGAAGAAGAAUGGAGUAAUUACAGAUUAUAUACUAAAGAUUCUAGGACUGGAUAUUUGUGCUGACACCUUGCUAGGAGAUGAAAUGUUAAGGGGCGUCUCAGGUGGGCAAAAGAAGCGUGUCACCACAGGUGAAAUGAUGGUUGGCCCAGCACAAGCAUUAUUUAUGGAUGAGAUUUCAACUGGAUUGGAUAGCUCCACAACAUUCCAAAUAGUUAAUGCGAUACGGCAAGCGAUCCACAUUCUUGGUGGAACAGGAGUUAUCUCCCUACUCCAACCAGCACCUGAGACAUAUGAGCUCUUCGAUGACAUCAUUCUCUUAUCAGAUGGGCAGAUAGUAUAUCAAGGACCCACUGCAAAUGUGCUUGAAUUCUUUGAGUUGAUUGGCUUCAAAUGCCCCAAGAGAAAAGGUGUUGCGGACUUCUUGCAAGAAGUGACAUCCAGGAAAGACCAAGAGCAAUAUUGGGCAAAACCCAACAAACCUUACAGAUUUGUUACUGUAAGGGAAUUUGCAACUGCAUUUCAUUCAUUUCAUGUUGGGGAAAAGCUAGGAAGAGAUAUUUCUUUUCCAUUUGACAGGAGAAAGAGCCAUCCUGCUGCACUGACUACUUCAAAGUAUGGUGUGAGAAAGAUAGAACUUCUGAAAGCUUGUGCUGCAAGAGAAUGGUUGCUAAUGAAAAGGAACUCCUUUGUCUAUGUAUUCAGGGCAUUUCAAAUCGCAAUCAUGGCAUUAAUUGUGAUGACAAUGUUCUUGAGAAGCAACAUGCACCGUAACACUAUAAAGGACGGAUUGACUUAUAUGGGGCCUCUUUACUUUUCACUUGUCAUUUCCAUGUUUAAUGGACUCUCUGAGAUUACCUUGACUGUAGUCAAGCUACCUGUUUUCUUUAAACAAAGAGACUACCUCUUCUAUCCUUCUUGGGCUUAUGCUUUACCUUUAUGGAUUUUGAGGAUUCCAGUCUCAUUUUUGGAAGUCGCAAUCUGGGUACUUCUCAAUUACUUUGUCAUUGGAUUUGAUCCAGCUGCAGCAAGAUUCUUCAAGCAAUAUCUGCUGCUUGUUCUAGUCCAUCAGUUGUCUUCUGGAUUAUUUCGUUUCAUCGCCGUAAUUGGUCGAACCCUUGUCAUUGCAAACACAAUAGCAGCUUUCACACUGCUUUUGAUUGUAGUUUUGGGUGGAUACAUCUUGGCACAUGGUAAUGUGAACAAAUGGUGGGCAUGGGGAUUCUGGAUGUCACCUCUCAUGUACUCACAAAAUGCUAUUUUUGUGAAUGAAUUCUUGGGAAAGAGCUGGAGCCAAAUCAUACCUGGAACAAAUCAGACGCUUGGCUUCAGUACCUUGAAAGCUCGUGGAAUGUUUGUAGAAGCAAAAUGGUAUUGGAUUGGUGUCACAGCUUCAAUUGGAUAUCUCAUUCUUUUCAACUUUCUGUUCACUACUGCUCUCGCCUUUCUCAAAUCAUCUAGCGGCAGUCACACUACUAUAUCUGAACAGCCUGUGAGGGAAAAACAAAUGAAUAUUAAAGGAGCUAAAAAGGCAGAUAUUCAUGGGAGGAAAACUAAUCACCAAACUGCAUCAAUGUCACCUCCUACUGAAAUGGAGCAAAGUUUCCUAUAUGAUUCAGAUAACUAUAAAAAAUCUGAUGUUGGCCAAGCAACUGAAAGGAAAGGAAUGGUGCUUCCAUUUAUACCAGUUUGCCUCACCUUUGACAAUAUAAGAUACUCGGUUGAUAUGCCCAUGGAAAUGAAAGUACAUGGUAUCGAGGAUGAUAAAUUGGUGCUACUAAAGAGUGUGAGUGGUUCUUUCAGGUCUGGAGUUCUUACAGCUUUAAUGGGUGUUAGUGGAGCAGGAAAGACUACUCUUAUGGAUGUAUUGGCCGGUAGAAAAUCAGGAGGAUACAUAGAGGGAAACAUAACCAUAUCAGGGUAUCCUAAGAAACAAGAAACUUUUGCUCGUGUGUCGGGUUACUGCGAACAAAAUGACAUCCACUCUCCUAAUUUGACAGUUCAUGAAUCUCUUAUUUAUUCAGCUUGGCUUCGCCUAUCUGCUGAAGUUGACCCUAAAAAAAGACAAAUUUUUAUUAAAGAGGUCAUGGAGUUAGUAGAGCUAACUCCAUUGAUGGAAGCAUUAGUUGGAUUGCCAGGUGUGAGUGGAUUGUCCACUGAGCAACGUAAGAGAUUAACCAUUGCAGUUGAGCUAGUUGCUAAUCCAUCCAUCAUAUUCAUGGAUGAGCCUACCUCCGGCCUUGAUGCUAGAUCAGCAGCUAUUGUUAUGAGAACGGUAAGAAAUACAGUAGACACUGGAAGGACAGUUGUUUGCACAAUUCACCAACCCAGUAUUGAUAUAUUUGAAGCUUUUGACGAGCUCUUCCUCAUGAAAAGAGGAGGUCAAGAGAUAUAUGUUGGGCCAUUAGGGAAAAAUUCCUGCCACCUUAUCACAUAUUUUGAGGAAAUUCGAGGAGUCAGUAAGAUUAAAGAUGGUUACAAUCCAGCUACAUGGAUGUUGGAAGUGACUACAACAGCACAAGAGGAUGAUUUAGGAGUUGAUUUGAACGAAAUAUACAAGAACUCAAACUUGUAUCAGAGGAACAGAGCACUGAUAAGAGAACUAAGUAAACCACGUCCUGGAACAGUUGAUCUCUAUUUUCCGACGACGUAUUCACAAUCUUUUUCAACUCAAUGCAUAGCUUGCCUUUGGAAACAACGCUUGUCAUAUUGGAGAAACCCUUCAUAUACUACAUUGAGGUUUUUCUUCACUAUUAUGAUAGCCUUCAUGUUUGGAGGAAUCUUCUGGGGUCUUGGCAAAAAAAGAGGAAAACCACAGGAUUUAUUCAAUGCAAUGGGUUCUAUGUAUGCUGCUGUUCUAUUCAUGGGUAUAUCAUAUUCUUCAUCAAUAAGGCCAGUUGUGUCUAUUGAGCGAACAGUGUUCUAUAGAGAAAAGGCAGCAGGAAUGUACUCAGCAUUUCCAUAUGCCUUUGGACAAGUUACAAUUGAGUUCCCUUAUGUCUUGGUUCAGACAAUAGCAUACUCUACCAUAGUAUAUUCUAUGAUUGGCUUUGAAUGGACUUCUGCUAAGUUCUUAUGGUAUCUCUUCUUCAUGUACUUCACACUACUAUACUUCACUUUCUAUGGUAUGCUGGCAGUUGGUGUGACCCGCAAUGUCCAGGUAGCUGGUAUAAUUUCUUCUGCAUUUUAUAGCAUAUGGAACCUUUUCUCGGGAUUUGUUAUCCCGCGACCGAGGAUGCCUUUUUGGUGGAGAUGGUAUUCCUGGGCUUGCCCUGUUGCAUGGACAUUGUAUGGACUGCUCAUAUCACAGUAUGGAGAUGUCCAUGAACCUUUAGAGACAAAUGAAACAGUUGCAGAGUUUAUGACAAGUUAUUUUGGAUAUCGGCGCGAUUUCUUAGGUUUCGUCGCAUUUAUGGUCAUUGGAUUUGCACUUUUCUUUGCUCUUUUAUUUGCAACUGCAAUCAAAUUGCUGAAUUUCCAAAAAAGAUGAACACAACUUUUUCAGUGUAAAUUUCUGUUGUCUGAUAAUCACUUUAUGUAGCUUUGUUGUUCCUUC